UGUAAACAAUUCAUAAUGAAGAGAUGAGAAUGUUAUCGAAAAACCUGGUUUUUCUCCGGCAAAUAUGCCCACGUUUAACUUUGACAAAAUUUAUCCAUGCAAAUGGUUUUGAAAAUACAAAACAUCAGAGCACUGUCGAUGAUGAUGAAGUUACAAUGUUCAACGAGCUUAGCAAGGAAUUCUGGGAUAUCAACGGUCCAUUUCAAGCUUUGCAUACAAUGAACAGAGUAAGAGUGCCUAUCAUUCGUGAUGCAGUUGUUCAACAAAAAAACCUGGGCUCAAAACCACUAGAAAGCAAAACAAUUUUAGAUAUUGGUUGUGGAGGUGGAAUUCUGUCUGAGCCACUUGCACGUCUUGGUGCCAAGGUGACAGGAAUAGAUGCAUCAGAAGAAGUGAUAAAAGUUGCUAGAAAUCAUGCAAAACAUGAUCCUGAAGUGAAAGAAAAUGUGAAUUAUGAGUGUACGAGUGUGGAAGAUCUUGUUGAUCAAUCUUUUGAUGUUGUUGUGGCUUCAGAAGUGAUUGAACAUGUUGCAGAUCAGGUGAUGUUCGUCAAGAAGUGUUCUCAGUUGACCAAGCUUGGUGGUGCUUUGAUUAUAACAACAAUCAACAGAACUCCGCUGUCGUAUUUACUGGCCAUUUUUGGUGCAGAGUAUGUCCUCAAUAUUGUAGAACCUGGAACUCAUGAUUGGAAGAAGUUUAUUGCAGAUGAUGAACUUGCAUCUUUAGUAAUACAAAGUGGUUAUACUGUUUCUGCAAUGCAAGGACUUUGUUACAACCCUUUUACAAGAACAUGGUCUAAAAACAGAGACACAAGUAUAAAUUAUGCAUUGAUUGCUUAUAAAGAAUCCUGAAAGAUAUGUUUAAUCAUCAGUGAUUGGUGAGUUGAACAUGUUACUAAAUUAUUUAGUUUUGUAAACUGUUUAUAUAAGAUCAUGCUACAGCAUUCCGUCAUUAUGGCUUGCCUUAAAGUUCUUUACUAUCAAUUUAUUAAACAUAAAGUCUUUUUUA